AUGAGAAAUAGGAAUAAGGUAUUGAUUCAUUGAGACAUUUUAAAGUUAAGAAUAAAGGAUAUUUUGGGAUAGAAUGAUAUCCUUCUGGAUGAAGCAAGCAAUGAAUAGUUUCGCAUUCAGCAUAGAUUCUUGAGGAAUCAUCAAAACAUGUUUGAAUAGUUGACAUCUACACUUACGACGAGACCAUUAACCUUCGCGAAGUUUUCAUUUCAGAAGGCUGAAUUAGAAUAAGACGAAUAAUUAAGACCCAUUGUGAGUGGAAUUUAUUAGAAUUAGAAAGAGGGUUCAAUGCUAACCAGCGAACUUUGGUCCAAAAAGCAAUUUAGAUAGUAUUUGAAGUAAACCAAGUACACUUAAUGUUUAUAUGCUCAGUACAUACACAACCAAGGGAGUUCUGAAAAGAUUUGCUCAUUGGGAGUGGGAUUAGAAUUCUAAUAAGGAUAGAUUUAAGAACCUCACUGAUAAGGUCAAAUAAACUACUUUCACCAAUGAGAGUGAAUUAGUGACCAAAUUGCAGUUGGGUACUAUUGAAGGGGAGAAGAAAUUGAGACAGAAAAUACUUAGAGAUUGGAGAGUACAAAAGAGUUAUGAUAUACAAAGGAAAUUAGAAAAGUACAAAGAUUCAGAGCUUUUGAAAUAAAGCGGGAUCAAAUAUAACCAAUCAAAUCAAUCAUUUAAACAAUUAUCGUUAAGAUAAUUAGCUAAGAAUAAUCAAUUAAAUCAUAUCAUUACAGAACUUUCGGAAUUACAGGAAGAUACAAAGAAAGAUAAGAAGAAGUUCGAUAUGGCGACAUAAUAAAAGAGAAAUGCUAAUCGUUUAUAGAAGAUAAAUUUUGAUUAAUUUUUGUAAGACUGA